GGCAUUGACUUGACAUUAACCAAAAACAAAUUAUAAUUAUCAAAAGAAUUUUGAUGCUUGUGAGCAUAAAAAUAUUGUUUUUUAUUGAAAAUUAAGAAAAAUCUUACAACAAUUUGUAUUCUAGUGCGUCGUUACAUCAAACAAUUAUGUCACUUAAUGUGGUACCCAAAGAUAUAAGGGGAUUGAGGGCUUGUUUAGUGUGUUCAUUAAUUAAGACAUUUGAACAAUUCGAAUACUAUGGCUGCGAUAAUUGUGACGAAUUCCUCCGAAUGAAAAGUAACAAGGAUAAUGUUUACGACUGUACUAGCAAUAAUUUUGACGGUAUGAUAGCAGUUAUGAGUCCUGAAGAUAGUUGGGUUUGCAAAUGGCAAAGAAUAAGUCGAUUUUGUCCCGGUGUUUAUGCUAUAUCAGUGUCUGGUCGUCUUCCCGCUGGAGUGAUCAGAGAGAUGAAGAGCAGAGGUAUUGCAUACCGUCCCAGAGAUACCAGCCAGCGAUAAUUGUUGCAAGACUUAAGAUAAUUAAAUUAUAUUAAUUCAACAAAUA